AUGGACGUGACCUUCGUGUGCUCAGGCGAGGAGGCCUUCAAGAUGGAGGUGGGCUACUUCGACACCGUGCAGGACGUCAAGGAGAAGCUCCAGAGCCGCCGAGGCUGGCCCGCGGCCGCCUCGUCGCUGCUCCACAACGGCGCCCUGCUCGAGGACGACGUCGACGGCGGCGGCGGCGGCGGCAGCGGCAUUGAGCGGCACGGCGUCGUGGAGGGCUCCGUCAUCCACGUCGCCCUCCUCGACGGCGCUCAGCACCAGCAGCAGCCGCAGCAGAACAAGAGGACGGAGAAGCGCAAGAGGCGUGGCGACGCCGCGCCGCCGUCGCCGCCGCUGCGGGUGACCGUCGUGUCGCGGUGCGGCGAGGGCCGCGUGGAGGUGGCCGUGGGCGCGCGCGCCGCGGUGUCGGUGCUGCGCGCGGGGCGGGGGUGCCGUUCCCGCUCCCGCGCGACGGCGCCUACUUCUUCAUACAUGGACAGAGCGUGA